GUCCUGACUCCUGACAUUCAUGACAAGCUGUUUUAACAGGAGCUUCUGCAGUUUUAUAAUUUUUUAUUUUUUCUGCGAAUACUACGUUUUCACCGUUUUGUUUUGUUUAACCUUGUUAUGGUCAUAUAUACCCAGUUUCAUUUUUUGCACAAUUUUGGUGCACUUGGAUUUGUCUGAUUGUAGCGCACUGUUUUCCAGCUUUCUCAUUUGAAAUCUUUCUGUCAAGAUGCCCAACAAAAAAGGGACAAAAAGGGUUGCUGCUCAACCUAAAGCGCCGCGAACGAAGCUGGCAAAGACCUCGCUGGGAAAUGAUGUCAGUGCAGCUGGGGAUCGCGAGACGAUCCAGCGCGAAAAAAUAGACAAAAAAACUUGCGAAAAUGACACAUCACCGUUCUCGGAAGCGCGAUGCAUUGAAUGGUUUCGUCACUACGCGGAGAAGUCAAAAAGCAAAAAGGGUGCCUCUGCAAUUUCACGCAACGGACUGGCCAAAUUCUGCGCAGCUGUGGAUAUGGACCCCAAUGAUGUAGCGGCGAUCGUACUAAGUAAAAAACUGGAUUUAAAAUCGGAAGAGGAUACGGUUUCGCAAUCUUCCUGGGUUGCGGUGAUGGCUAAACUUGAGUGCGACAGCAACGAAAAGUUCAAAAAGAAGAUGCCGGAAAUGCUUCUGGAGAUCAAAAAGCGUCCGGAACUUGUUGCAUUGUGCGAGUAUGCUUUUGGAUUAGCCAAACAACCAGGAGAAAAAGCUGUUGCGACUGAAGUUGCUGCGGAACUGUUCUCAGUGAUGCUAAAGUCCUCGUGGGCUCUCUUUCCGGAUUUUGCGGAGUUUUUCCAGUCUUCGGGAACGAAAGGUGUUUCUCUCGAUACAUUUGUGGGAGUCUGUGAUUUGGCCAACCGGCAUCCUGACCUUUCCAGUGUCCAGGCGUAUGAUUCCAGUUUGGCGUGGCCAUCCUUGGCUGAUGAAUUUAUGGAAACCUUAACAAAGAAACUGCCUGAACGCCAAGGAAACGAAGAAAAUUGAUGCAUCAGGAUGUACAAAUUUGUGUCCUAUGGAGCAAGUAUUUACCCGUCUUCGGUUGUUUUGUCGUUAAAUUUUUCUUAAGGUUAAAACACUGGGUAGUGUUUUUGUGAUUGACUAUUGAACAUCUCUUUGCUUUGAAAAGUUUUAUAUCGACAUUUACCAUUUAGUGAUGAUUGGAUGAUCUUGAUUGAGUUUACAAAUCUGUUUUGUAUAAACUGUAAAACUACUUUUGCACCCCGGCGACCGCUUCUUGGAUGAUGUUUAUGCGAAUAUCGGCGGAACAUAAGCGUGCGUUCAGUUUCCACGUAGCCGUGCAUGUUAUUCAUUAUUAGUCGUCAGUGGUUAGACUGAACUCUCUUCUGGUAGAUGUUUUGAAAUAUGAUAAAAUAUCUUUACUUCAAGUACUACGUAUACAGUGUAUUGAUGUGAUUAGUAGCAAAAUAAAACUGGAGC